UGAUGUUCCUGUCGUGAUUACGUCUCAUUUGCGUCUGCCCCGUGGCGUUCCCAUGUUUGUAUGGUUCUCUCCCGACUUUCACCACUAUUAACGUUACACAGUGAUGGCUAUGAUUGAGAUAGGACCCUUUGUACCAAGUUCUUAUUUCCAUAAGGGCUGUGAGAGGAAGUCCCGUUGUUUGAUUAGGAAGUGCUAGCCGAGAAGAGCGCCACUCUGUCCCGGCCAGAGGAAGUGGAGUUUUCACACCAGAGGAGGAUGAUGUUGAUAUAUUGCCACCGGUGAGGCCUUGCCCUGCACUCUCUCACCAUGCCUAGACGGGGACUGCCACUGCAGGGCAGGGCACGCUGGCUCCUCCUGGGCAUCUUCCUGCUGCUGGUGCUGUUACUGUUUGCCUACCUGCUGGAGUGCACGCCGCCCGCCGACGCCAGCCUGGCCAUGCCAGGUCUGGGGGCCGAGCCGUACGGCCGGGAGUACUACCAAGCCAUGCUGCAGGAGCAGGAGGAGCGUCACGUCAGCCGCGCCAACAGCCUGAAGCGGCAGAUCGCCCAGCUCAAGCAGGAGCUGCAGGAGAUGAACGAGAAGCUCAAGGCUCUGCAGGAGCGCAAGGAGGCCCCGGCGGCCGGAGGCCUGGGCCUGGCCGGCGACAAAGACCAGGAGCCCGGAGACCUGCUGGAGUACCUGCACGCGCAGAUCGACAAGGCCGAGGUGAGCACGGGGGCGAGGCUGCCCAGCGAGUACGCCCUGGUGCCCUUUGAGAGCUUCACCGCCACCAAGGUGUUCCAGCUGGAGAUGGGCCUCACGCGGCACCCCGAGGAGAAGCCCGUGAGGAAGGACCGGCGCGACGAGCUGGUGGAGGUGAUCGAAGCGGGCCUGGAUGUCAUCAACAAUCCGGACGAGGAGGACGGUCAAGAGGAUGAUGUGCCCAUGCAGAGACAAAUGUACACUGAGGGCCAUUUCAUUGAAGGGCUGUACAGGACUGAGCGAGACAAAGGCACUCUCUACGAACUCUUCUUUGCUAAAGAAAAUUCGAAUGAAUUCCGCCACGUCACUCUCUUCCGUCCAUUUGGGCCGCUAAUGAAGGUGCGGAGUGUGUCUGUGGAGACCACCCAUACCAUCAUCAACCUCAUAGUGCCUCUCUCAGGCAGGACUGACACUUUCACUCAGUUCCUCCACAACUUCAGAGAAGUAUGCAUACAGCAAGACAAGCGAGUCUAUCUUACUGUGGUGUACUUUGGGCAGAAAGGACUGCAGGAUGUUAAGAUUUCUCUUCAAAGAAUGUCAAGAGAGGAGAAUUUUACUGACUACACCUUGAUCCCUGUGGAUGAGGAGUUUUCCCGCGGCCGUGGCCUUGACAUUGGUGCUCACGCCUGGAAGAGGAGCUCUGAUGUUCUCAUGUUCUUCUGUGAUGUGGACAUCUACUUUACCCUGGAAUUCCUCAACUCCUGCCGCCUUAAUGCCGCCCCCAAUAAGAAGGUCUUCUAUCCAGUGGUAUUUAGCCUCUACAAUCCUGCAAUCGUCUAUGGGAAUCUUGAGCUGGCUCCUCCCAUUGAACACCAGUUGAUUCAUAAAAAAGACACAGGAUUUUGGAGAGAUUUUGGUUUUGGUAUGACUUGCCAAUACCGAUCUGACUUUUUAGACAUUGGUGGUUUUGAUCUGGAGGUGAAAGGCUGGGGCGUGGAGGAUGUCCACCUGUACAGAAAAUACCUGCGGAGCGACACCAUCGUGAUGCGGACACCCGUCUCCAGUCUUUUCCACCUGUGGCAUGAGAAGCAGUGCGCAGACGAGCUCACCCCGGAGCAGUACCGCAUGUGCAUCCAGUCCAAGGCCAUGAACGAGGCCUCCCACCCCCACCUGGGAAUGCUGGUUUUCCGGGAGGAGAUUGAGAACCACCUCCGGAAGCAGGCCUACAAGACUCAGAUCAAAGCAGAGGAGUAAGGACCAGCCUUUGCACACGUAGGAUUUAAUCUAAACCUAAACCUAAACCUAGACCUAACCACUGGAUACUAGGACUAGGACUACUGUUUUGAAGGUUUUGGUAAGGGGUAAAUGGUUACUGCAAGGAGUAGCCAAUCCUCAGAAACAACAGGUCUGUGAAGACCUGUACUUGACUGAAGAAACUUCCAAGGAAUCGGUGGCAGUGCCUGUAUGAUUAUCUCGAAUCUCCAGUUCUGGAGUUCAGCUGUCUCAGAGAUGCUGUCUGAAUGGCAAAAUGCUUUUAUGAAGGUCAGUCCAGCCCCUCGUUGCCUUGGGGGAUUUAGCAGGUUAUGGUUACAUAGACUCUCAAGAGAGGACUUUUUAACUUGAAUGAAUGAUAUUGAGUCACAUUUCCUGCCUUAGAGGUCAAUACAGAAGUUUCAAUAUGUUUACUGUCUGUAUAUCUGGUUUUAACAAUUGUUUAUAGAGCCAUAUUUCCUUUUUUUGUUUUCUAACUGCGCUGUGAUGGAGAUAAAGGGAUCAUUGUUGAAGCAGUCAUUUCACAAAGGGACAAUCAGUUACUGAGAAUGAAGUUUACGGAUUCGAUGCUACAGUAAUGCUACUGCAGAUGAACUGUAUGUGUGGAUCAGAUGUCCUUGACAUUUCUUGAAAUGCUACAAAAGCAUGGGCUUGGUCAUAUUUUGAUGUUAAGUUGAUCAUUUUUGUUAAUAUUUAAAAUGGCACAUUUGAAGAAAACAAACAAACAAAAAAUAACCUUAGUGCUUUGAAAAGGACAUGACAAUUCACAACCAUCAGCUGUCAAAGCUUUUUUCGUUUGUUUGUUAUAAGUUGUGUAAGACCACUUCAGCCACCGACACUGGUGUAACUGGGUGUAAGCGGAUGAUGUGCCUCAAAGUUUGAUAUGAGGACUGAGCGGAUGGCCUGUUCAAGAUGUUGUGUAUAUAAAGAUAAGUCCGAACACGAGCAGGAAAAGAAGCCUGGACAGCUGCAUGCUCAAAGUCUCAUUUCUUGUCCUUUUUGAUAACAUGAAUAAAAUCUUAACCCAAACCCAA